AUGGCAUCACCUGAUCCUGAAACUAACUUCGUCGAGCACGAGCUCAUCGUCCGAAGAUUUAACAGAGGUACACUCAGCGAGCGACAACAGCGUCGCGAAGAACUCGUCCAAGAAUACCAGCGCAUGAGCAUUGUCCAACGAGAUCGGCUUGUCAAGGCAAUAUACGACGUCAGAGAGGCGCAAAAAAGAGUGAUACGAGCUAUGAAUGAUGCACUCGACUUUUGGCACGACCAGUCCAUGUCAGAUCAAAUCCGAGGGGACAGGAUGCCAAUGGAUGAGGAUAUGGAAAAGGCAUUGGGACUACAAGACGGAUGGAGGAGAGAGGCAGUCAAUCUGCAAGGCGGGCUCGAUAUACUGAGAAUCGCUUAUACGCACCACGACUUUCCCGAGACAUGUAUUGAUUGGGUUCAGGCAAGAUAUGAGGAGAUGGGCGAUGUCAUUACCGAUGCAGAAGAGCGGGUAGAGAUGAUAGAGGCCUCUCUUCGAGAGGACGCUGCUAUACAGCAGUUCAUCGAUGAAUCUCUGGAUGAGGAACUGUUUGACGGGGACUGGCAAGGCGCUGUAGAUCUUGGCGGCGGAAUUUCAGAGGCUGGUCUUUGGGUGAAGAUAGAUGAGGAUGGGAACGUCGUGGAUGUGAGUACACAUUGUUGAGCCACGUUGUGAUAGUACUCCCUGCUGACUUCUCUGACAACAGCGCAUAGUCUUCAAACGGGAGUUCGUCGACAUCACAAGAUGGAAUACAAGCUCGAACGUCUGGCAUGGCAAUCCGCAAGAUCCGCACAACCGCACUCCACUCGAAUACUUCCUGCAGAACAAGUGCAACGCCGCAUCACCAGAGCACUUCGUCAAGCUCAGAAACUGGUCGCAGGACAUGGAAAAACAUGCUCUCAAUCUGUACGUCGAAUACUGUGCGGGCGGCGAUCUGAGAGGCGUGGAGAAGAAGUACGUGUCCAACAAGAACCUGAGAAUUCCCGAACCAUUUCUCUGGAUGCUAUUCUUGCACUUGACUGAGAGCUGUUUGGUAAUGUGGAGAGGAGGAAUCGAGCGUAAUCAUCCCGACUGGGACAAGCAAAUUGUUCAUAUGGACAUCAAGCCGGGUAUGGGCACCGCAACCUCACUUUCCACCAUAGCACGCUGACAUCAUGUUAUUACAGCGAACAUUUUCCUUGCUAGCGCCGACGAGAAGAAGAGCUUUCCACACUACCCAACUCCGAAGCUAGUAAGUCCUCCACCACCAAAGUGACAACCAUCUGAAAUCUAAGGACAAUAUUGUAUAGGCGGACUUCGGCCUCGCAUUCGAAACAUCGCCUAACGAUGCCAACAACCCAGUAGACCAUCGAUUUGCUGGAACGACCCCAUACAUGGCUCCUGAACAGCAUGGAUAUACCAAAUGGCAACUCCUCGACCACACCAACGUAUACGCCAUCGGCGCCACAAUCUUCGGUCUCUUCCAUCACCGCAACCGCCGACUCCACCCAGAACAACAAAUCAGCGCGGAGGAUCCUGACACGAAGUGGAAAUUCAGCACCUGGAGUAGUCUGAUGUACAGCUCCGAACUACGCGGAUUGAUCGAGCAAUGCAUCGAUUGGGACCCCAGCUUGCGGCCCUCGUCUUUGGAAUUGAGAGAGAGAAUUCUGAGCGCGAUUGCGACACUGCGUGAUGAGAAGGGGGAAUAUGUGAGGGAUGGGCUGAGGGGGGAACAGCCUGCAAUUUCGAAUUUUGAUCUUGUGCUUGCGAGGGAGAUGUAUCCUUUGGGUUUUGCGAUUGAUUCGGGAGAUGUGGCGGCGGAUGGAGAGCUUGUGGCGGGGACGGCUGGGGCUGGAGCAGAGGACAGUAGUGGGAUGUCUUUGGGGAUGGUCGCAAGAUCGGAGGAUGAGGAGGAUACGAACAUGAGUGGCAUGGAUUGA